AUGAAAUACGCUCAACUUGUUAUUGGACCAGCUGGGAGUGGAAAGUCAACAUAUUGCUCGGUUAUUUACAAUCACUGCUUAAGUAUUCGUCGUACUGUACAUGUUGUAAAUCUUGACCCUGCAGCUGAAUCAUUCAGUUAUCCGGCGUCGAUUGAUGUUCGAAACCUGAUCUCCGUUGAUGAUAUCACUGAAGACAAUGAAUUGGCUCUAGGUCCGAACGGAGCACUAGUGUUUUGCAUGGAAUAUAUCGUCCAGAAUUUGGAGUGGCUUCGCGAUGAACUGGGCGAAGGUGAAGACGACUAUUUCCUAUUUGACUGUCCAGGUCAAAUCGAAUUGUCGUGGGACUUUAAUGUGUGUUCUGUAUUUUUGAUUGACACUCAUUUUGUACUUGAAGCUGAAAAGUUUAUUGCUGGAGCCCUUACGGCUCUUUCAGCAAUGGUUGCUAUCGAAACGCCGUGUGUGAAUGUGCUUACUAAAUUGGAUCUUCUUUCUGACCGAAAUAAAGCGCUGGUGGAGGACUUCCUCGAUACUGACACGAGAAGCAUUGUUGAAUCCGACACAGUGAACAUUUGGAACGAACGUCACCGCCAGUUGACUAACGCCAUAGCACAGGUGCUCGAAGAUUAUUCCAUUGUGAAGUUCGUUCCAUUAAAUUCAGAUGAUGAAGAGAGCAUCGAACAGUUAUUGCUAGUUAUCGAUACCACUAUUCAAUAUGGAGAGAAUUUAGAUGUUAAAGACAAAUAUCCAGAAGAACAAGAUCUAGAGGACUAA